GCGGAGAUUCCCAUACUCAGCCAUCAUCCAAAGCUGUUUGGCAUUUCCACAGCCGGUUUCCUUGAAAACCCCAAUCGAACGAGUCCCAAAAUCUUCGAAGCCAAACGCCGCAAUCACUGUCUCCGGCAGAUCUGCUCCGACUCUCUGCCGGAAUCUCACGCCAGCCCGAGAGAGCUCACAGCUCAUACUAGUUCUUCGAGCUUCGGGGUUGGACCUCGGUGUUGAAAUGGGGGAUGGAAAUUCACCUCCCGAGUCGCCCAAAAAUAACUUGAACCAAGAGCUGGACCCUAGCUCGGUUCAGAACAUCGAGAGGUCUCUGGAGAGUAUAAUGAGAGAGUUCAACGAGUCAGCCUCGGUGGGGAAGGUACACAAGUUCUGGGAAACCCAGCCUGUGGGCCAGUACAAGGAUGUGGGGAACACGGGCCUGCCUGAAGGACCAAUUGAGGCCUCGACCCCGCUCUCAGAGGUCAAGCAAGAGCCAUAUAACCUGCCGAGCCCCUAUGAGUGGACCACAUGUGACAUGAACUCUGAGGAGACCUGCAAUGAGGUCUACAAUCUGUUGAAGAACAAUUACGUUGAGGAUGAUGAGAACAUGUUUAGGUUUAAUUAUUCGAAGGAGUUCCUGCAGUGGGCCUUGCACCCUCCGGGGUACUACACCAGCUGGCACAUUGGGGUCCGUGCUAAAGCAUCAAAGAAGCUUGUUGCGUUCAUAACGGGCGUGCCGGCAAGGAUCAAGGUACGUGACGAUGUAGUGAAAAUGGCAGAGGUUAACUUCUUAUGUGUGCACAAGAAGCUUCGAUCAAAGAGGCUUGCUCCGGUCAUGAUCAAGGAGGUCACUAGGAGGGUCCACCUGGAGAACAUCUGGCAGGCAGCUUAUACUGCUGGGGUGGUCUUGCCGACCCCUAUCACCACCUGUCAAUACUGGCAUCGAUCCCUGAACCCAAAGAAGCUCAUCGAGGUUGGGUUUUCCAGGCUUGGGGCUCGGAUGACUAUGAGCCGGACCAUUAAGCUCUACAAGUUGCCCGAUUCAACCGCUACCCCUGGAUUCAGGGCGAUGGAGCUCCGUGAUGUCCCUGCAGUAACGCGACUGCUGAGGAAUUAUUUGGCUCGUUUUGUGGUAGCUCCUGAUUUUGAUGAGGACGAUGUAGAGCACUGGCUCCUUCCGAGGGAGAACGUGAUGGACACCUUCUUGGUUGAGAGCCCAGAGACCCACGAGGUCACAGAUAUUUGCAGCUUCUACACCCUACCCUCAACGAUCCUUGGGAAUCAGAACCACUCAACCCUGAAGGCAGCUUAUUCAUACUACAACGUCUCCACAAAAACUCCGCUGCUUCAGCUGACCAAUGAUGCGCUGAUCAUCGCAAAGCAGAAGGACUACGAUGUGUUCAACGCUCUUGAUGUGAUGGAAAACGAGUGCUUCCUCAAGGAGCUGAAGUUUGGGCCGGGUGAUGGGCAGCUUCACUAUUACCUGUAUAACUAUCGUUUGAAACACGCCAUUAAACCUUCCGAGCUGGGGCUCGUGCUUUUGUAGUCUGGCUUGGCCGAGGUAGUACAACAGGUGUUUCAGUUUUCCUUAUUGAGACUAUGAAUGCCCCCUGUCCCAUUUGAGAAAUGUUGUUUCAGAACAGAAGCUAUUUUGCAGGAUGAACUUAAAUGUUACUUUCUGCAUUUCAACCAUUGUUUAUUUC